AUACGUAGUGGCUUACAAUAAUAUUCAAUCUAGCUUGUCUGAGUUUUGGUAAACACUACUGCAGGCUAUUUUAAUGUUGGCCCUGACGCUGGCACCUGGGGAGUUAGGUAUUAUUUUUUUUCUGGGUGGAACUUGGUGAACAAAAACAAAAAAAUGUAAUUAGGAAGAUGAGCAACCUUGAAGCAAGUAGGCUUGGCACAACAACCCAAGAAGCAGGUGCACAUUUCCGUCCGGACCAGUUCAAGCCGCAUACUCGAAACCAGACGGAUGACAUUGCAAGCGUGGCGAUAUUAUCCACGAAAGUGAAACGCGCCACUCGAGGCUCCGCUCCAUUCGAGGACACGCACGAGGCGAGGCUGCACCAUGAAGGCCAAACUGGAGAUCGUGGCCAUGGCCUUGGGCUUCCUGGGUUUGUUCGGCGUGGUGGCGGCCACGGCCAUGCCCAUGUGGCGGGUGUCGGCGUUCAUCGGCGCCAACCUCAUUGUGAUGGAGGUGCUGUGGGAGGGCCUCUGGAUGAACUGCUACAACCAGGCGGAAAUCAAGAUGCAGUGCAAAGUGUACGACUCGCUGCUCAUCCUGUCGCCCGAGCUGCAGGCCGCGCGGGGGCUGAUGGUGGUCUCCAUCGUGGUGGUGGUGAUCGCCCUGUUCGUGGCCGGCUUCUCCAUGCCGAGGAGCACCUGCUGCCAGGACAACAUCAGGGCCAAGAACAUCACGACAGCCUUUGCCGGUUGCUUGUUCCUGCUGGCCUGCCUGCUCACGCUGGUGCCCGUGUGCUGGGUGGCGCACACCGUCAUCCGCAACUUCUACAACCCGGUGGUGGUGGACUCGCGCAAACGAGAGCUGGGGGCGUCGCUCUUCGUGGGCUGGGCCACCUGCGCCGUCUUGCUGGCCACCGGCUGCGUCCUGCUGCUCAGCUUCGCCAGGCGGCGGUCCAAGGAGAACGCGCUCAACACGGAUUCCUACCUGGUGGCCGCCCAGGGCGUCGGCAGCGUGCGCAGCAGCAGGGCGCCGUCCAGUUUUCACAAGUAUCAGGAAUACGUGUGACGUUGUGCUGGAAGCGGGGCCUUUCUCCUGGGAUGAUGUCAUUCUAUGUGAAUCCCACGCAAGAACUGACACGGUCCUGCCUUGAGACAAGAGUGACUUGCGGGCAAAAAAAUUUGAGAUGAGAGCGAUGUAUGGUGGCAGGGAACUCAAAUCACUUAACAGCAAACAGCAAUUUGGCAGCAAGGUUAAAUAAAAAGAAAGCAGUUUAUGGACAAUUCCAGUUGAAGUUAAUUGUCAAACUAAACAGAAAAAAAAAAUUACAGGUUGCAUAUUUAAAACACGCAGGAGUCCAAUUAGCCACAUGCUAGCAAACAAUGCCAAACAAACAAAGGAAACAAA